CCAGCUCUUCAAAACUAGAAAGAAGAACAGUGCAGAGCACAGCAACAUGAUCAUAACGUCAAACGGACAAUGAUGGAUUCUUACUUCAGAGGCACCUGGUGGAUGACAUUCCUCCUCUUCACACUGCCACAUCUCACCUGUAACAUGGUCUGCCCCAGCAGCUGCCAGUGUGUUGAAGGUGCUGUCAAGUGUGUUGGCUACACAAUCACAGAUAUACCAAAGCAUCUGCCUGUCCACACAUACCUGCUGCUACUUAAUGACACCAACAUGAACGUCAUAAAUGAGCAGAGCUUGGGAAACAAGGACCUCCUGUUACGUUUCAGUCUGACUUACAGUCAUCUACACACUAUCCAUCCCCAGGCUUUCCACGUUGCUCCACAGCUCAAGUCUGUUAAGCUGUCAUAUAAUGAUCUCUCCAUCCUUCCUGCUCAGGUUUUCAGUCCACUGACUGAUCUGGAACAGCUGCAUUUAGAUGGUAACCAGUUGGAGAUCAUAGCUCAGGAUAUGUUUGAAGGACUUGUCAGGUUGCUGGAUCUGGACUUGAGCCGGAACAAAUUGAGAAAUCUCUCUUCAGAUGUUUUCGAUGGACUGACCAAACUCAACUUUCUGAACCUUGGCAGGAACUUCAUAAAAAAGCUUCCACCAACCAUCUUUCAUUCCUUGACUGAACUUCGCCAGCUCCCGAUCUAUAACAAUGAGCUAGAGGUGCUAGAACCUGGGAUCUUUGAUGGACUUAUCAACCUUGAGGAGCUUAAACUUCACCAUAACCAGAUUUCCUGUCUUCCACCUCAGGUGUUCUGGUCACUGAGGAGCCUGACGAUGCUCACCCUGUCGUCCAACCAACUUAAGGCAAUCCCGGAGAAGAGCUUCUACAACAUGCCCAAGCUGAGAAAGCUUACCAUUUACAACAACCCACUAUUAUUGCUACCAGACCAGCUAAUGGGUUACAUGCCAGACAUGAGAGAAUUUUAUCUGUAUGCCACUAACCUCACAACUGUUCCUGGAAAUUUGUUUGCUAACAUGUCUGGACUCCUGAGUCUUAACUUCCAUUUAAAUACAUUUCUAUAUGAGUUGCCUUCAGACCUCUUCUGCUGCCUUCCCAACCUUCACAAGCUCUCAUUGAAAUUCAACAACCUCCUUUAUCUACAUCCUCAGUUGUUCUCCAAACUAACUGCACUGGACAAACUGCAUCUUAAUAACAAUAAGCUGCAGAGACUACCAGAAAACAUUUUUCAGGGCCUCGGAGAUAUUUUGACAAUUGAUUUGAAGAAUAACCACCUCAAGACUCUCCCAGGAGAUAUUUUCCUGUCAAAUACAGGUUUGAGAGCUCUUACUCUGAGUGGCAACCCCUGGAACUGUACCUGUGGUAUUAGAGGUAUUGCGAAAUGGAUACGACAUAAUGAGCAUGUGGUUCUUGACAGAGAUGAAGUGCUAUGUCAUAGUCCAUUGUACCAACUGCUCCGUACCAUUGGAUCUCUGUCUGAUGAGGAGUUCAAAUUUUGCAAUGCUACAAGAUACAAAAGUUCUUUUACUACACAGAAUUACUUGCAUGAGCCAACAAAGCCAUUCUACACCAUUUCGACCAGCGGAAAAACAUCAACUGUUGCUUCAACAACCACACCACCUACAACAAAAUCCGACACCACUCAACGAGUUACUGAACAAAUCACCACCUCAACAACCACUCCAACGACAAAAUCACCUGUUUUACAUACCACAGUCCCAUCAACACCUCUCAAAACUCCCAGCACUAGCCCGCCAAACAACGACUUUUUUCUCCUUACUGAGACUCAAUCGACCUAUGACUUAUCAGUUCCUUUCUAUGACACAUUGGUAGUAGAACAGGGGUCCGAGUAUGUUCACCACAACCUUCACAAGGGCUGGGUCUAUGUGUGGUUUCUGCAAUCAGAUACGGCCUUGACCGGGUUCCUCAUGUUCUGUCACAUCCUUCUUGUUGCCACAGGCUUGUUCUUCAUUCUUACUACCAUUUAUGGCAUGUAUCGCCUCAACAAGAUCAUGGAUGAGCUAAAGGCUGAGGCUGCACAUACUCCAGGGUAAUAAAACGUGUUAUCAGGCCUGGUGCCCAAGAGACCAAGAUAAACUGUGCCUAUCUAGAGGUUGCAAUUAAUAAAAUAUUUUCUUCAAGUGUUACUUUAGGACAGCCAGACUUGAAAUGGGCAAAAAUAAAACAACCUCAAUAAAAUAUUUAUAAUUAUAUUUUUAUAUUUUAAGAUACCAACAAAAUACUGUAAGAUAAUACAUUUAAUAUUAUAUAAGACAGUGCAGUAUAGUAUAUACACUUAAAAACAGUUAUGUGGAUGUAAGUCAAUCCUUGUUACAAAUUGUUUGUUCAUAAUUGUAAAUAAUUUACGUAGAGCUGUAAUUUCAAAAUAAAUUAAAUAGUCAAAUAAUCAAUAAAUGAUUGAAAGAAAAUGAAUGGUUAAAACAUUUUCUAUCAAAAAUGCCAAACAUUAUUUGGCUCUUGCUUUUCAAAUGUGAAGAUUUGCAGCUUUUCUUUGUCUUUUGGGUUUUGGGACAUUAGUUGGACAUAUCAAGCAAUUUGAACACAUUGGGCUCUGGGAGGUUGUGAUGGGUGUUUUUCACUACUUUUUGACAUUUCAUGGACCAAAUUACUUAAUCAGGGAAAUAUUUGGCAGAUUAAUCAAUAAUGAAAAUAGUUUUCAGUUGCAGCCCUAGAGUUAAGUUUUGAAAAAACAACAUAUGAAAUAAAACAUCUUCCUUCGCUAUCUAUCCUUUGUUUUAAGGUUUUAUACUAAAUUUUACACAGACUAAUAUCUAAUUUGUGUUUGUCCUUGUGCAUUUAUCUGCUUUUCCUUUAUGACAGCAACACUUAUGAAGAGUGCAAUGUGAAGUGAUUUGUUUCUCUCUAGUGGUGAAAUCUUCAAACUGCAUGAAGAGACAUCACAAGUAAAUAUUGUUUACUGUAACUUUUGAGUAAUAAUCAAUACAUUUCUGAAUAAAUUGUAUUACGUGCAAA